ACGAGAUGAACCCUUACAUUUUCUUUUCUCUUUUUUCACACCCUAUCCUUUUCUGUUUUGACGGAGCAGAAACUGAAUGUAAAUUCCUUUCUACGUAGCUGCUCCCAGAUGCAGAACAACAAACUAUCGGUUAAUUGGUCCAGAGCUGAGGGGAGUCAUCCUCUGACGCAACAGGAGCGCCUAUCCGCGAGGGGGACACUACCACCUGAGCCCUUCAUGUCUUAACUCGCAGGCUGUAUUUCAUCACGAGCAGCGCGGUUGUGCAGUGCAGGUCGCCCUGGCGCUGAAGCAAAGCCCGGGUGUGUGCGCGUGCGUCCCAGCCGCUGCAAUGCUGCCUCCCAAGAACUGCCUGCCGAGGAACUACAGCUGCAUCGCCGGGCUCUUCGGAAGCCUGACCGCGGCCAACCCGAGGCUCGAGGAUGGGGAAGACUACGAACUGAUGAACGGAUCGUGUGAACCCAUGGAGAGCCCGGUGGUGGACGAGAGACCGCGGGGCAGGGAGAUUUUCCUGAAGACCCCGCAGAGCCCCAAUCUGCGCCGGAGGUGCAAAUCGCUCCCCACGCCCACGGAGAGGGCAAAAUUGGAGAUCGCGCGCAGCAGGAGCCCGAGCAGUCAAAAAAAGGUCCGCUUCGCUGAUUCCCUGGGUUUGGAGCUCAUUUCCGUGAAGCACUUCGACGAUGCGGACGAGCCGGUGGUACCAGAGCGCAUUUUGGCCAAACUACCCAAGGGGACGCUCCAUAACCUGGACACAAAGUUCCCCCGGGAUCCUUCGCACACCGUGUGUAUGGAUCUCCAGUUCACAAACCCAGGCACGUUACCCGGGUUCGAGCAGAAGGUCCGAGAGGUGAAGGUUCUGCUGGAGAGCGUUCAAACGGAUGACUUCACCCUCUCUGGCUUCGUUCGCGUCCUAAACCUGGCCUUCGAGAAGAGCGUCUCUCUGCGCUAUUCCCUAAACAACUGGAUCACCUUCAUGGAGAGCUUGGCCACCUACGUCCCAGACUCGAGCGACGGCGUCACCGACAAGUUCAGCUUCAAGAUCGUCAUGCCCGCAUACCUGGAUAACGGCGGAACCUUGCAGUUCGCUAUUAAAUACUGUGUCGGCGGGCAGGAAUUCUGGGACAAUAACAACGGGAACAACUACAAGGUGCGCCGCCACCGGUUGAAGAUGUCUCCGCCGCGGGAAUGGGAAAACGGUUGGAUCCACUUCAUUUGAGGGCCGAUCAGUGCGUAAUCUGCGCGUAAUGAUGCCCGGGUAGACCUUCACUGUAAGACUGUAGCCUGUUAAAUAUCUGGCUUCGUGUUUUUUUUUUUUUUCUUUUUCCUGUCGUGACUCAAAUCUUUUUGACAGAAAAUGAUCAGCCGGACAGAGUCCCAGCAGGAGGGAGGAGAUGCGAUCUGUUUUUUUCCUCUUAUUUCUUUUUCCAUUCUGGGCUCGGUGAAGCUUGGUGCCAUUUGGGAGGCCCUGCUCAUAUUCUUUAAUAUGCCACGGAAAAAA